AUGGCGCCAGUUGUCAAGGUCGCUCUCGUACAGCUAAACCCCAAGGCCGUCGCGCCGGCAGAGAACUUCGCCAAGGCCGCAUCCUUUAUCAAAGAUGCCGCGUCUCAGGGAGCACAGCUAGCAGUGCUUCCAGAGUACCAUCUCACCUCGUGGGUGCCAGAUGACCCAAACUUCAAGCAGUCGUGCAUCGAAGCGAUGGCGUACCUGUCCAAGUAUCAGGAAUUGGCCAAGGAGCAGAGGAUUUGCAUCGUACCCGGCACCAUUGUGGAGGCUGUUACGGAAGGCGGAGAUGAGUCACUCUUGAAUGUCGCCUACUUCAUUUCUUCAGACGGAAGCAUUGCUGGGCGGUAUCAAAAGAAGAACCUAUGGCACCCUGAGCGCCACCAUCUCGUCUCCUCAGCCCACGAGCCGCAUACCGCCUUCGACACGCCUCUGGGUCGUGUUGGCAUGCUGGUGUGCUGGGAUCUUGCGUUUCCCGAGGGCUUCCGGGAGCUCAUUUCAGACGGCGCUGAUCUCAUUGUGGUGCCCUCCUUUUGGACAAUGAAGGAUGUGAGCGAUGAGGCCUACGAGCUAAAUCCAGAAGGAGAGGGCCUCUUUCUCAACAGUACGGUCGUGACAAGGGCAUUUGAGAAUACCUGCGCCGUAGUAUUUGUGAACGCAGGCGGUCCGGCAGAGAAGGGCGAAAAGACCAACUACGCAGGGCUGAGCCAGGUUGCCGCACCACACGUGGGCGCCAUCACCCGCAUGGGAAGGGCAGAAGGAAUGAAACUGGUAGACCUGGACAUGAACAUUCUUAAGAUUGGCGAGUCCAACUACAAGGUGCGGGAGGACAUGCGAACUGAAGGGUGGCACUAUGAAUACACGCGCAUCCGGAACAACGGCAAGCUGUGA